GUUUUAUUUUACUUUUCAUGUAAAUGCAAUUUAAUGUUUUCUUUCCGGAAAAAAAAAAUGUUACCCUCUUCAAAGAUAUAACAAGACAAGAUACUAACGGUAUACACACCGGAAUACGUGAAGGCGUCGCGUUACCACAUCUUACAUCUUAAAUUAACAAUAAAUAAAUUUUAAAAAAAACGGACAGUUAUUAUGUUUUCAGUGUCGCAGUGGUCUCAUCAAGUAACGUAUGUGACCGCUCACAAGAGUCCGUUUUGACUUUAGGUGAUUUUAACCCAACGGAACAUGUUAAUAACUUUUACGCCACGGCUUAAUGAAGAAAAAGUAUGAAAUGGACGAAAAAAAAUAUGCCGAUUCAACAAAUGUAUUAUUUGAUAGUUAUCGGCUUUAAUUUGGAAAACUUUUUUUGCAGUUUACAAUUAUUAAGCUCGUAAAAGUAAGAAAAUCUCUGUUGGCUCAGCUAGCCGUCAUGUGACCAUUCACCAAAGUCCAUAUGGAUUUUUAGUGUUUUUGACCCACUGUAUCAUGUCAAAGACUUUUACACCCCGAGCUAAUGAAAAUAAGGAUUUAUUGGCAGACAAAAAUACACCGAUUAAAUAAAUAUGUAAUGUGUUAUUUAUCGGCUUCAUUUUAGUUAACUCAUCAGAAGCUUACAAAGAGUAAACUAAUAAAAGUAAGUAAAUCUCGUUUAGCUCCGCUCGUCGAAUGUGACCAUCCACCAAAGUCCAUAUGGAUUUCCACUGUUUUAAACCUACAGUAUAUAUUCAAACCCUUUUUCUACUGCGGUUUAAAAUAAAAUAAGCAUAAAUUGACAGAGCGUGGCGUCGACUAAACAAGUGUAUUAUGUGGUAGUAAUCGGCUUUGUUUUGGGUAACUCAUAAUAGCUUAUAAUAGCUAAACUAGUAAAAAAUUGAGGAAGCUAUCUUGGUUAGCUCUGCUAGCUUGUUACCCACUAAAGCGAAGACGUGUUUAACACUUUCCAACGCGGUACAGAUAAGAUAAAGUUUGACAUUUGCAGAAAAUAGUGCCGAUUCAACAAAUGUCUCAUGCAGUCUUUAUCGGUUUCAUUUUAAUAACUUAUCAAUAUAGCUAAAUUAGUUAAAGUAAGAAAAUCUGGAUUAGCUCCGUUAGCUAGCUAAUAUGUAUUGAACUACGGUUUAACAAAGAUGAAGUAUGAAUCGGCAGAAAAUGGCGCCGAUUGAAAAAGUGUGUUAUGUUGUAGUUAUCGGCUUUAUUUUAGGAUCUAACUGUAGCUUACAACAGUUUAACAAGUAAAAGUAGGAAAAUGUCGGUUAGCUCCGCUAGCUAAUGAACCGCUAAACGGAAACGGAAAUGAAAGCGGGAUUUCUCUCUUGGUGUGACGUCGCUGUUGUCAAAUUUCAAAUGUGAUGCUCGCCGAGCUGUUGGAGCCUCAAAGCUGAAUGAAGCUGCAAGUGACACAGUGAACAGAGAUACUUGUGAAUUAUCAUGGCGGCAGGCUUUUAAAGGCGUUUGAGGUUAAUCUGUAAUGUUUGUGGAGAUUAAUGAGUUCGCUGAAGGAACAAAUUAGGGAGUCAAACUGCAGCAGUAAGCUAGGUGAGCUGAUGCUAACGUUACUUGAGCAGGAACCGUUGGUUAACUCUGGCUUUUACACCUGAACAAAGUUGAGUCUGAACUGCAGCAGAGUCUCCUGUCUGUGAGCUCGCUUUGUGUUCCAGUUUCACUGAGGUUGAGACUGUUCAACAUGCAGCACCAGGCUGACACACCUGGGCAGGUAUGAACGCUGCUGGGUGGCAGGAACUCAAAAUAAAAAGAGUUUGUCCGAGGAAGAGGUCGAGAGUCAGCCUGAGGACUCACCUGUCACCUGCCAGGAAGAGAGGAGGAGGAGGUACCUGCCUACAGCAAUGUCCCCAACCCUGGAGGCUCAGCAGCAUCAUGGCUGACACACAGGCUGCUGAGUACUGCAGUGACAGUGAGGACUUGUUUGGGGACUAUGACAGCAUCCUGGAGGACAGCUCUCUGCUGGCGAAGCUGGAUGACGCAGAGCAGAAGGAGAGGCAACGUGACGUCCAGCGCUCAGCUGAGGGUCGGUCGGACUUCACCACUCUGCGGCCGUCGAGAGACAGCGUCGAGAGACAGUCCUGCGCAGAACUCUUGACGGACUCCAUCUUGGACGGCCUGGGAGACGAACCCUUCGAGGACUUACCGCCCAGCCAGCGUCAGUUUCAAGAACAAGUCCAUGAGAAAGCCAAGAGGAGCAGACUGCAGGACGGAGAUCAGACCUCCACACCUCUCAGAGACACAAAGAUGGAGGAUAAAACCAGGAGUCAAACCAAGACGAGGAGGAGCAUGAUGGACCAGCUGAAGAGGACGAUGCUCUGUAACGCAGCAGCGCCCUCUGCUGUCUCACGCUCUGUGGUGCUGAAGGAAGCCGUGGUCUCUGAGGAGAUCAGCGUCGCCAUGCAGGCCAUGGAGACUGUCUCUGCUGAGACCACUGACCUCGGACCUUUCUUUGGACUCCCCACCAAAGUCAAAGACCUGAUGUACAAACUCAGAGGAAUCAAGAGUUUAUAUGACUGGCAGGUGACGUGUCUGAACCUGGAUUGUGUUCAGCGGAGGAAGAACCUGAUCUACUCUCUGCCCACCAGCGGAGGGAAAACUCUUGUAGCAGAGAUCCUCAUCCUCAGAGAGCUGCUGUGCAGGAAGAAGGACUGUCUGUUCGUCUUACCGUACAUAUCGCUGGUGCAGGAGAAGGUGCGAGGGUUGGCGAGUUUUGGCCUGGAGCUGGACUUCAUGGUGGAGGAGUACGCUGGCAGUAAGGGCAGGUUUCCUCCGGUGAAGAGACGAAACAAGAAAUCACUGUACAUCGCUACGAUAGAGAAAGCCCACAGCCUCGUCAACUCUCUGAUAGAGACGGACCGGAUCGACGACCUCGGACUGGUGGUGGUUGAUGAGCUUCACAUGUUGGGUGAUGGCAGCAGAGGAGCUGUUAUUGAAAUGACGCUGGCCAAAGUUCUUCACAUGAACAAAACGACUCAGAUUAUUGGAAUGAGCGCCACGCUGGGAAACAUCAGAGACCUGCAGACGUUUCUGAGGGCUGAAAAUUACACCAACGACUUCAGGCCUGUCCAGCUGAAGGAGUACGUUAAACUGCAGGACACGAUCUACGAGGUGGAUCCAAAGGAGGAGGAGUGUUUUAGACUCUCACGUGCUCUCAAUUAUAAGUACUCGAGCUCGAUGCAGAAGAUGGACCCGGAUCACAUCAUCGCUCUGGUGACUGAAGUCAUCCCAACACAUUCAUGUCUGGUUUUCUGCCCCACCAAGAAGAACUGUGAGAACGUCGUCGCCAUGAUCUGCAAAUAUCUGAAAGAGGCGUUCCUGCUGCACAGGGAGGCGGAGAAAGCCGUCCUGCUCAGAGAGCUGAGGGACAGCGGGAACGGCUCGCUGUGUCCGGUGCUCAGGAGGACGGUGCCGUACGGUUUGGCCUAUCAUCACAGCGGACUGACCUCCGAGGAGAGGAAACUGGUGGAGGAGGCCUACUCCAACGGCGUCCUGUGUCUCCUCGCCUGCACCUCCACCCUGGCUGCAGGGGUCAACCUACCUGCCCGCAGAGUGAUCCUGCGCUCGCCGUACGUGGCCACAGACUUCCUGAAGAGGAGCCAGUACAAGCAGAUGGUGGGCCGGGCCGGUCGAGCGGGCAUCGACACCGUGGGAGAGAGUAUCCUCAUCCUGCAGGACAAGGACAGGGACAUGGCUAAAACCCUGGUGUGCGCUCCCAUGGAAAUCUGUUACAGUAACCUGAUGCACGACGAUGGAAAAGGCCUCCUGAGUCUCAUCCUGUCACUCAUUGGAUUAAAGAUCACCAGGUCGUUGGAUCAGGUGAGGGACUUCCUGAGUGGGACGCUGCUGUACGUCCAGCAGAGGCAGCUGUGCGUGGAGAAGAGUCUGACGGAGGUGGUGCAGCAGUGUGUCGACCUCCUGAAGGACAAACAACUCAUCAGUGUGACCGAAGACUCUCAGGGUCAAAGUCUGCUCGUCACCAAGCUGGGCAGGGCUACGUAUAAAGGCUCAGUGGAUCUGACCUACAGUGACGUGCUGUACAAAGACCUCUGUAAAGGUCUGGAGGGUCUGCUGCUCAACAGUUACCUGCACCUGGUCUACCUGGUCACACCGUACGACAUGAUCUCACAGUGUAAACCUGACUGGAUGCUCUUCUUCAGACAGUUCACGCUGCUGUCUGUUGCAGAGCAGAAGAUGUCCGCAGCCGUCGGAGUGCCGGAGAGUUUCGUUGCGAGAAAAGCCGCAGGACAGACGGUGAAAAAGAGUGUGAACAUGGACGCUGUGAGGCGGAUGUAUCUGGCCCUGGUGCUGUUUUCUCUGCUGAAGGAGACAAACCUUUGGAGCGUGGCCGACAAGUUCCAGCUGAGCCGAGGCUUCAUCCAGAGUCUGCUCAGCUCCUCCUCAGCCUUCUGCUCCUGCGUGCUGCACUUCACAGAGGAGCUGGAGGAGUUCUGGCCGUUCAGAGCUCUGCUGACGGAGCUGACGCGGAGGCUGAGCUACUGUGUGACGGCUGAACUCAUCCCUCUGAUGGAGGUGGCUGGAGUCAUGGAGUCCAGAGCGAAGCAGCUUUAUAACGCUGGCUAUAAAACGCUGACUCACCUGGCGAACGCUGACCCGACAGUUCUCUCCAACACGUUAGAAAACCUGUAUAAGAAACAAGCCAAUCAGAUCGUGGCCUCUGCUAAAAUGCUGCUGAAUGAAAAAGCCGCAGCUCUUCAGGAGGAAGUUGACGAGCUGCUGACGAAGCCUUCGGACCUGCCCACAGCUUAGCAACACAUCGUAUCAGAGAAGUUUUAUUCUCUUUGUUUUUAUUGUUUGAAAUAUACGUCUUAUUAAAAUAAUGUACAAGAAUGACUCAGUGUGAUGUUUUUAUUUAAAAGGACAGUUUGUCUCUGGACACAGAGUAUUCAGGUUUGACCUGUGGCGUCGUCGCCAUCUUUCACACUUACAGUAAAAACAGCCGGCCCGUUCUGUGGCGUUUAACAUCUGCAUUUAGUUCAUGGUGAAAAGGGUAAAAAGUACAAGUGACACAGAAGUAUAUUCAGUCCAUUCAGGAUUUCGCAGACUGUUUUUAGGAUGUUUGCG